AUGACGCAGUUUGUAGAAACGGUCCGUUUUGAAGCUCGCGACCUGUUCCGCUCUCUCGUGACUUAUAGCAAGCAGAGAUAUUUCGUUAUUAAUAACGGUAACUCUCUUUAUCUUCCAAUAUAACAACUUUUUAUUUCUUUAUGUAUUAUAAGCUGUUACAGCUACAACAAACUAAUAAUUGUCUACGAAACGAACUACCUACAAAUCUCUUCAAGUUGUCUACUGAGAGGAUUUCAGCCGCUAGCUGUUUUGUUAGUGUGUAGAGACGAAAUUCAAAACGCUGCAAUGCAGAACUAUGUGCCGAUAUCAGACCUGAACAUGAACAUCACACAUUCGAAGGUGGUUGGAGUGAUUAUAGGGAAAACUGAUUCAAGAGGAUUUCCUGACAGAAAAAAUGUUGGCUCUGAAAGGUUCACCUUCAGUUUCACCAUUAAAGACUCACCACAACAUUUUCUCAACGUGUCUGCAUGGGGAAAUGAGGAGUAUAUUCAAGCCCUUAGCAGUCGCUUUCAGAUUGGGGAUUGUGUUGUGAUUGAAAAUCCCCUUGUUGUGACUAAAGACUAUGAGAAAGAAGAACGGUUUUGUCCCUCAACACCCAGUCUCUACAGGCUGUUGGUAACAGAGACGCACUCAGCCAUUAAGAUCUGCUCAGAUUUAGAAACCGAGACCAGGAUUCUUCCAUUAUUUCACAUGCUUAUUAAAGAUCCAGGGGACUUUUAUUCACUGAGAGACAUUACUGCAAAUGGACAGAGCCUGGAUGGGAACAUUAUUAACAUUCUAGCAGCUGUGCAGUCGGUGGGAGACGAGAAAUUCUUUACUAAAUCAGAUGGACGCAAAGGACAGAGGCUGGAAGUAUGGCUCUUUGAUGACACUGUGAAAUCAUAUCCGUUAGUGUGUUGGGAUAAAGAGAUCAUUCAGCUGUUUCAAACACAAACACAAAGAGGAACAGUUCUCUUCAUCGCAGAUGCUCGCGUCACCUUUGACAGUUUUCGCAGUUGUAUGAUAGCAACCGUGACCUCAAAAACAAUCAUUACUGUACACCCUGACACAGCAGAGGCCAACCAACUGUAUGCUUGUAUAAGGACAAUGUUAGAAACUGGAGAUCUGGACCAAGAAGUUCUCCCAGGUGAAAGUAUGCAAUUGGAUUCCAUUAGUGAUGUGCUGACUGUGAGCCAGAUCAAAGCCAGAAAUCAAGAACAUGCUGAUGCUUUCCAUUGCAUCACAUAUGCGUUCAUUACAAUGCUUGAACUAGGUUCCUCUAUCUCCAAAAUCAUACGCAACAGAUGCGCCAAAUGCAAGUUCCAAAUCAACGAGGACGGUCAGACCUGUUCCAAUCCUGCCUGUCCAAGUCAGGGACAACAACUCCACGUCACUUCAGGCUUUGAGGUGCUGGUGGAUAUCAGUGAUCAUACUGGGACAUUGAAGACUUGCAGUCUGGCGGGCACGGUCGCUGAGAAAACCCUGGGUUGUAAGACAGAGGAGUUUAUGUGCCUGUCAGAGUCUCAGAGGACAACGAUGAAGUGGACGCUUCUUCUCGAGAGAUGCAAAAUUUAUCUAAAGGUUCUCUCAUCUCCUAAAACCAGAAGUGGAAUGAAGGCAAGCAUUUUGUCAUGUGCCCUCGCUGACCCCGUGGAAGUUAAGCAAAACCUUGGCGUAUUAGUGGGUUGAGCAUGUUUUGCAAUGCAGUUAUCAAACAUAAUGGUUUUUCAUAUGAUUUAAAAUUAAAUAAACUACUACUUGUUCAAUUCUGUGGUUAAAAUUUGCACAUAAUUUUGUUUAAGUGCUACAUUGGCUAUCAUUUUGUUGCGAUAGGCUUCUGUAAAUGAAUUUGCUUUAAUAUAAGUAAUAAUAUAAGCUUUAAUAUAUGCAUGUAUGUUACAUUUAUUUUGAAUGUUGCAUUGAUUAAUUAAAUAAGUGUAUAAUUAUUAAAAAAAUAUAUCAAACCCA